UCUGCUGACACUUCGUUCAACAUCAAGAACGAGGCAGUUCAGCCAUUGGGAAUACUUCUCCUCAGAAUCAUGUUCGACCCUAACUACUCGGUCAUCCACAUGCACAACAGCUUGCCUGGCUUCAAGAUACACCCUCGUGGCUUGACAAACACCGGCAAUAUCUGCUACAUGAACUCGAUUCUCCAGGUGCUCCUCUACUGUCAGCCUUUCAACAAGUUGCUCAAGUUGAUCGAGGACAAGUCCAUUGGUUCGUUGAGCAAGGUUUCUAAAACACCCUUGCUUGAUGCCACUCUCCAGUUCUUCAACGAGUUCGUCACCAAAACUGGUGAAGAACCAGCCAAAACCACCUCGUUGUCACCAGAAAACUUCUACAUGAACUUGAUCUCGCACGAGAAAUUCCUGCACUUGAAGUGGGGGCAGCAGGAGGACGCAGAGGAGUUUUUGGGCUACUACUUGGACGGCUUGAACGACGAGUUCUUGCAAACGAUCAAGGGUUUGACCACGCCUGCUGUGGACUCUUUGAUCCAGGCAUUUUCGACCGAAAACUCGGGAGAAGUCGAGAAAAUCGAACGGUUCAAGUACGAUGUUAAGAGCACGGUCAAAUUGAUCAAGAAUGAGCCCUCUGCCAGCGAAGAAGACUCUACAUCCACCCCAGAGGAUGCAGACGAAUGGAACGAGGUCGGUUCCAACAACAAAAAGAUCUCGGUCAAGAGAACGGUGGAAAUCGAGCCCACGCCCAUCACCAUGAUCUUUGGGGGCCAGUUCAAGUCUGUGUUGACGAUUCCCAAGAACCCAGGAGCCACCCAGUUCCUGAAGUCCAUCACAUUGGACCCAUACCAGCACGUCCAGUUGGACAUUUCCGAGGCGUCGUCCAUCGACGAGGCACUCCUCCACUUGAACCAAUGGGAAAAAAUCAGCUACAAAACAAAGGAAAACAAGGAGAUCCAAAUCAAGAAACAGACCUUCGUGGACAAGUUGCCCUCCAUUUUGAUCAUCCACUUGAAGCGGUUCUCGUUCCUCAAGGAGAAGGAUGUGGGCAUCGAGAAGCUCCGCAAGAAGGUAGAAUACCUGCACCUGUUGCACAUCUCCAAGGACAUCAUUUCCAGCAAGAACCCGCGCGAUGAGAACAACCAAUACAGGUUGAUUGGAGUUGUGUAUCAUCACGGCAGCAGUGCCCAGGGAGGCCAUUACACCAGUGACACCAAGACAGGGCACCAGUGGAUGCGGAUCGACGACACCCAGCUCAAGUCAGUGACAGAGGACGAGGUGCUCAACGGAGGCGUGGAAGAGAACAUCAAAAAUGCAUACAUCUUACUCUAUGAGAGACUCGUCUAG